AUGUUACACGAGAAACUUGAAGAAUAUAACAGUGCCUUUGAAAAAAUCAUGGAAGAGCUUGAAGAGCCUGAAAUGUCAGAAGAUCCAAAAAGUUCUGCCCCGUCAACAACAGACGAAACCCCAAAAAAACAACAAGGAGGCUACAAGUAA